AUGCCUCGACCGCGGCUGCCCUUGGAAUCUCUCCCGGUAUGGACAAGCUUCAACAAUGGCGUCUUCAGCAACGUACAAGUUGAGCCCGUUCCGCACAAGGGAUCAGGGCUGGUUGCCAAGAAACACUCGGUCGCCAUUGGCACAUUACCUCUGAUAUCCAUCCCCCACAGCCUCGUGUUGAACUCGGAAGCCGUCGAGGAGUAUGCCAAAGAAGACAGGAGCUUCAGGCAGCUCCUGGAUGCCUGUGGACACAAGUCGCCCCGUCACGACGUCCUGUUGUUCCUCCUGGUCCAUCUGGUGCUCUCCUCGGGCAAUAAGGAACAUGUGGGCCUCGUGAAUCCCUGGACCGAGUAUGUCAAACUCCUGGAUGAUGCCGUUCCUGUGCCUACUCUCUGGGAGGAAGGUGAUCGCUUGCUCCUCCAAGGAACGUCUCUCGAGGCUGCCCUGAAUGCGAAGAUGCUUGCUCUGAACAACGAAUUUGAGGAGCUCCGCGACAAGUCAUCCGGUAUCGAGUGUUGGAAUGCCGCGUUCUGGGACAAUGAUUCUGUGAGACUGUCGGAUUGGCUGCUCGUCGACGCGUGGUACCGCUCCAGGGUCCUAGAGCUUCCUAGGUCGGGUCCGUCUCUGGUUCCAUGUAUUGACAUGGUAAACCACUCGACCGAUGCAAAUGCUUACUAUGAACAAAAUAUUGAUGGCGAUGUUGUCAUCCUGCUUCGCCCAGGCGGCAGCGUAAAGGAGGGUGACGAGAUCAACAUCAGCUAUGGCUCGGAGAAGCCGGCCGCGGAGAUGUUAUUCAGCUACGGGUUUAUAGACUCGUCCUCGUCGAUGAAAAGCCUCAGACUACCGCUGAGACCGCUGCCGGAUGAUCCGUUAGGCAAGGCCAAGGUCCACGCCUUCCAAGACGCCCCCGUGGUUGAUAUCGAGGAGCUUGAUGGGACGGUGUCAUUUACAAGUCCCUUUGCGUAUCUCAUGAUCUUGAACGAAGAAGAUGGGCUGGACUUCCGGUUACUCCAGGACAACCAUGGCGGGAGAGAGCUCAGGACGUUCUGGCGAGAUGAGGACGUGACAGGCAAAACGUCCUCUUUCGACCAGCUGGUGUUAGACCAUGAGCUCUGCAGUGUUUUCAAACUGCGGGUCAACAUGGUGAUAGCUCAGCGACUAGAGGAGCAGUUGGAACGGCUAUGUUCCCAUCCGCUUGACCAUGACAAUGCAGCGUCCGCCACGGACAAGUCAGGUCCAAACAACGCCGCUAAUGCGAGAGCGCUGAAGCACAUAGAGAAAGGCAUGCUCGAGAAAGCGGUGGCGGUGCUUGAGGAGCAACGGACCGAGCUCUUGGCUCGUGAAGACGUGACAGCCUACCUUGGAUCAAUGGCCCUUUCAGAAGGCGGCUUGAGUGAGGUUCCCGAAGACGACAGCAACGACGAGUUCAGUUGA